UACAAGUAGGACAUCUCCAAACUCAUCAACACCCCUUCAUUGCUCUCCCACCCUCCUCCUACACUUCUUCUCUUCUCCCCUUUCGAGUCAACUCGGUCCAUCCACUCCUCAGUUCCAUGGUUUCAUAGCGACCCUUCAAACCGCCGUCAUGGCCUCACCCUCAUUGCUUCGAAGCUCCGCCCGAGCCAACCUCUACGUUUGUGCACAAUGCUCCCUUCGAGCACGAAAAUCGCCGACCUGGACAAGCAAACGUUGGAUUGGCAUGAAAUACUUGGCAAAAGUCGCUGACGCAGAAGUACAAUGGGCAGAGAAGGCAUCGGCCAUUAUAGCGGGAAAGAGGAAGAGCAUGCUCACCAUUCUGGAAGAGAGAGGUUUAGUGAACCAGAUCACAGGGUAUGCUUGGAGCUCAUGUACUGUUGAUUUGGAUUACUGCUAAACGGCCUUGAUUCUAGUGAUCGCCACACCUUCGAGAAACGAAUGACGGACACAAGACUGGGAGCAUAUGUCGGAAUUGACCCAACUGCCGAUUCCCUCCAUGUUGGCCAUCUGCUGCCAUUUAUUACGCUUGGUUGGAUGUACAUGUAUGGGUUCCAUGCCGUGGCGCUUUUGGGAGGGUCCACAGCGAAGAUUGGGGAUCCAACAGAUCGAUUGACGACCCGAGAAAUUCCGCAUUCAUCAAUCAGAUCCGCAAUGGUGGUAACUAUGCAUUACCAGCUAAAGAAACUAUGGAUCAAUAUAGACACAUAUGGCAAGCAACGUAUUCAAGAUCGCGAGAAAAAUGAUUGGGUGAUGCAUAGGGAGCUGGCAAACAAUGCGUGGUGGUGGAAUAAACAGCCGCUGCUCGAGGUUCUACAGGUCCUGGGUCACGGCAUGCGAUUAGGGCCAAUGCUUGCUCGAGAAACGUAAGUAACUCUGUCUGUUACUGAGAUGGGAAAAUCACUAAGUCCUCAGUGUAAAAAACAAGAUGAAGAACGGCGAUGGAAUGUCAUUUGCAGAAUUCACUUAUCCUCUUCUGCAAGCCUGGGAUUGGUGGCAUAUGUUUCAUACGAAAGGUGUACAUAUGCAAAUAGGUGGCGCCGAUCAAUUUGGGAAUAUUACUGCUGGGAUUGAUGCCAUCAAGUACAUAUCCAAGCACCAUCCAGAUCCCGUCGUAAGGAAAACGGUUGAGCCCAUGGGAGAUCCAAUUGGUUUUACGGUUCCUUUAUUGACAACAAGCUCUGGCAAGAAGUUGGGCAAAAGUGAGGGGAACGCCAUUUGGCUUGAUUCAGACAAGACAAGCACAUUUGAUUUCUACGGAUAUUUUCUUCGUACUGCUGACGCCGACGUCAGUAAAUAUUUAAAAAUGUUUACAUUUUUGCCAAUUGAGGAGAUUGACAGUUUGGUUAAGCAGCACAUGGAGGAUCCGAAAAAACGAGUUGCACAGCAUGCUCUGGCCCGUGAGGUUACGGAAUUAGUUCAUGGGUCACAUGAGGCAAAAGUCACUCGGGAACAGCAUCAACUCCUGUUUCAAAAGAAGCCCGAAGAACAUUUGGUUGUGGAAGUUCCCAUCGAUUCUGACGCAAAGGCCGGUCAAGUUACGCUCAACAAUAAACCCCGCGCCAAUAUCCAACUGCCUCACUCUCUCAUUCAUGAAUUGAGCAUUGGACGAAUUCUUCACGCAGCUGGUCUUGCAACCUCGGCAACUGACGGUCACCGACUCGCAGCAGCUCAGAAUAGUGUAUAUAUAGGUGGAAUGCCACACGGAAAGUCAAUCAUGAUUGACUCAUUCGUUAGCUGGACCAGAAUCAAGACAUGGCGAAAAGAAGACACUGCCAAGUACCUGGUGCACGGGGAUCUCUUGCUGCUUAGAAAGGGGAAACAUAACAUCAGAAUCAUUCAAGUGGUUCCUGAUGCUGAAUAUAAAGCAUCUGGGAAAACCUAUCCCGGCCAAAAACUUAGCAGUCAGCCACCCAGCAACCCGGAGGUGCGAAACAAGAAGAUGGUGGGCAAUCCAGAGAAGCCUAGUGGCCAAGUAAAUUCCGAGUUGGAAACGGCGGAGUAAGGGAUUACGCAAAUUUUAGAUCGUUUCCAGGGCUGGCCGCGAGAUGAGUAGAUCCUCGCCUGGUGAUAUCAGUGUAUCAACAUAAUCCUCGAAGAAUUUUGUACGAAGAUGUAGAUAGUUUUGUAUCAUAUACCCGGUCUUCCAGUCAAGACAUCUCCAUUCACAUACAGUAACCAAAAGAAAAU